AUGCCAGUCAAUAGAUUCAGUUGGUUAUUAUCUCAUUUACAUGUCAAUGACAAUUCAGUCAUGCCCAAAAAAGUUCAGCGAAAAGCUAAAGGUGGAACACUUUCAUAUGUUCUUUGCCCUAGUGCAUUAAAAGAUUACAAUCAAAAUAUGAAUUGUGUCGAUAGGUUCGACCAAAAUAAAAAAACUUGUCAAAUCGAUAGAAAAAGCAAGAAGUGGUGGCAUCGUAUUUUUUUUCAUUUUAUCGAUGUCGCUAUUGUAAACGCGCAUGUGAUAUACACUCAAAAAACUGGAACUAAAAUGAAAAUGAAGGACUUUCGCAGAGAAAUUUCAUCAGAAUUAGUAAGAAAAAAAAUGUUAGAAAAACGUCGAAUGAAGCAAACUUCAGAAUCACCUCCAGUUCAACUACAAAAAAAUAAGCCGUUUGUUCCAAAAAAUAUUAGAGUUGAUCAAUCUGCACACCAGCCAAUAAGAUCUAGUCGAAGAAGAUGCGGAAAUUGCAGUACUAAAGUAAAGGAAGUAAGAACUGAAUGGAUAUGCUCAGUGUGUAACAUACCUUUGUGUUUAAAUAAAAACAAAAACUGUUUUACUGAUUACCAUAAAUAA